ACUGACUUCCUGUUUCAUUCGCGAACAACCACCACCAAAAUGGCGAAGAUCGCCAAAACACACGACGAUAUUGAGGCCCAGAUCCUCGAAAUCCAGGGGAUGAAAGCCAAUCUGGUGGAGGAAGGAGAUGAGCAGGGAGUCGGCCUUGUUUCAACUGGGUUCUAUGAUCAAGAAAUCUAUGGAGGGAGCGACAGCCGUUUUGCCGGCUAUGUCACUUCCAUAGCUGCCAACGAACAGGAAGAAGAUGAUGAAGAAGAAACUGCGACGAGUUUGUUGGGUCAGAAAAAGCAAGGGUACCAUGCUCCAGUGGCCAUUCUCAAUGCCAUUCCUCAGUCAGAUGAACAAUAUGAUCCAUUUGCGGAGCAUCGUCCACAGAAGAUCGCAGAGCGGGAGGACGAGUACAAAGCUCGGCGCAUGCAGAUGAUUAUCUCGCCAGAGCGUCUCGACCCCUUUGCAGAUGGAGGCAAAACGCCGGACCCCAAGCUACAGGUCAGAUCCUAUGUGGACGUCAUGAGAGAGCAGAACCUGUCCAAAGAAGAAAGAGAAAUUCGUCUGCAGCUCGUAGAGAAGGCCAAGUCGGGUGACCUGAAAGUUGUCAAUGGGUCCGCUGCCAGCCAAGCCGCCGCCGCCGCUGCUGCUGCCGCCGCCGCUGCUAAGCGCAAGCGCCGCUGGGACCAGACAGCUGACCAAACUCCUACCAAUUCGACCCCCAAAAAGAUGUCCAGCUGGGACCAGGCUGAUGCCAAUUCUGAUACUCCGGGACACACUCCGGCGCACACACCUUCAAACAGCCGAUGGGACGAAACACCUGGCCGGCCUAAAGGAAGUGAGACCCCCGGGGCCACACCCAGCUCACGCAUGUGGGACCCUACACCCAGCCACACGCCGGCCGGUGCAGCCACGCCAGGCAGGGACACACCAGGUCACGCCACACCGGGCCACGGGGGAGCCACGGGAAGCGUCCGGAAGAACCGUUGGGACGAAACGCCAAAGACAGAGAGGGAGACCCCUGGGCACGGCAGUGGCUGGGCUGAAACUCCGCGUACCGACAGGGGGGAUGAGUCCGUCGGGGAGACUCCUACUCCAGGUGCCAGCAAGAGGAAAUCUCGCUGGGAUGAAACACCCGCUAGUCAGAUGGGCUCUUCAACACCAUUGCUGACUCCUGGAAAGACCCCACUCGGAACUCCUGCCAUGAACAUGGCUACCCCAACACCUGGUCACCUGAUGAGCAUGACUCCAGAACAACUGCAGGCGUGGAGGUGGGAGCGGGAGAUAGACGAGAGAAACCGGCCUCUCACAGACGACGAGCUUGACGCCAUGUUUCCUGAAGGAUACAAGGUGUUGCCUCCACCAGCUGGUUACGUGCCCAUCCGCACACCGGCUCGCAAGCUCUCGGCAACGCCUACCCCCAUCGGCGGCAUGACCGGCUUCCACAUGCAAGUGGAGGACCGCACCACCAAACAGAUGAAUGACCAACCCUCUGGAAACCUCCCCUUCCUCAAACCUGAUGACAUCCAGUAUUUUGACAAAUUGCUGGUUGAGGUGGAUGAGUCCACAUUGAGCCCUGAAGAACAGAAAGAAAGAAAGAUCAUGAAGCUGCUGUUGAAGAUUAAAAAUGGCACUCCCCCCAUGAGAAAGGCGGCCCUGCGUCAGAUCACAGACAAAGCUCGUGAGUUUGGAGCAGGACCUUUGUUCAACCAGAUCCUCCCACUGCUCAUGUCCCCAACCCUUGAGGACCAAGAACGCCACUUGCUGGUCAAAGUCAUCGACCGUAUUCUCUACAAACUUGACGACCUUGUUCGACCCUAUGUACACAAGAUCCUGGUGGUGAUUGAGCCCCUGCUCAUUGAUGAGGACUACUACGCCAGAGUGGAAGGCAGAGAGAUCAUUUCCAACUUGGCAAAGGCGGCUGGCCUGGCAACCAUGAUCUCUACCAUGCGUCCCGACAUUGACAACAUGGACGAGUAUGUGAGAAACACCACUGCCAGGGCCUUCGCGGUGGUGGCGUCUGCCCUCGGCAUCCCCUCCCUGCUACCCUUCCUCAAAGCCGUGUGCAAAAGCAAGAAGUCAUGGCAGGCCCGGCACACGGGCAUCAAGAUCGUACAGCAGAUCGCCAUCCUUAUGGGAUGCGCCAUCCUUCCUCACCUGCGCAGCUUGGUUGAGAUCAUUGAGCACGGUCUGGUGGAUGAGCAGCAAAAGGUGAGGACCAUCAGCGCCCUGGCCAUCGCUGCGUUGGCUGAAGCCGCAACACCCUAUGGUAUCGAAUCCUUUGACUCGGUGCUCAAGCCCCUCUGGAAGGGUAUCAGACAGCACAGAGGAAAAGGCUUGGCUGCCUUCCUCAAAGCUAUUGGCUACCUGAUCCCUUUGAUGGACGCCGAGUACGCCAACUACUACACCCGAGAAGUCAUGUUAAUCCUCAUCAGAGAGUUCCAGUCUCCAGAUGAGGAGAUGAAAAAGAUCGUUCUAAAGGUGGUGAAGCAGUGCUGUGGCACCGAUGGUGUGGAGGCCAACUACAUCAAGACUGAGAUCCUGCCGCCCUUCUUCAAGCACUUUUGGCAGCACAGGAUGGCUUUGGACAGACGUAACUAUAGACAGUUGGUGGACACCACCGUUGAACUGGCCAACAAGGUGGGAGCCGCAGAAAUUAUCUCCCGCAUUGUGGACGACCUGAAAGACGAGGCAGAGCAGUACCGUAAAAUGGUGAUGGAGACCAUCGAGAAGAUCAUGGGCAACCUGGGCGCCGCCGACAUCGACCACAAGCUGGAGGAGCAGUUGAUUGACGGCAUCCUGUACGCCUUCCAGGAACAGACCACAGAGGAUUCGGUGAUGCUCAACGGCUUCGGCACGGUGGUUAACGCCCUCGGCAAGCGCGUCAAGCCCUACCUGCCUCAGAUCUGCGGUACGGUACUGUGGCGUCUCAACAACAAGUCGGCCAAAGUGCGUCAGCAAGCUGCUGACCUCAUCUCACGCACCGCCGUGGUCAUGAAGACAUGCCAGGAGGAAAAGCUGAUGGGUCACUUGGGUGUGGUCCUGUAUGAAUACCUAGGAGAAGAAUACCCUGAAGUACUGGGCAGCAUCUUGGGAGCGCUGAAGGCCAUUGUAAAUGUUAUAGGCAUGCACAAGAUGACUCCCCCCAUCAAAGACCUGCUCCCUCGUUUGACUCCGAUCUUGAAGAACAGACACGAGAAAGUGCAGGAGAAUUGCAUCGACCUGGUGGGCAGGAUAGCGGACAGGGGUGCUGAGUACGUGUCGGCCAGAGAGUGGAUGAGGAUUUGUUUUGAGUUGCUGGAGCUUCUCAAGGCUCACAAAAAGGCCAUCCGCAGAGCCACUGUCAACACAUUUGGCUACAUCGCCAAGGCUAUUGGCCCACACGACGUCUUGGCCACUCUGCUCAACAACUUGAAAGUGCAGGAGCGUCAGAACCGCGUCUGCACCACCGUGGCCAUCGCCAUCGUGGCCGAGACGUGUUCGCCCUUCACCGUUCUGCCCGCGCUUAUGAACGAGUACCGCGUUCCUGAGCUCAAUGUGCAGAACGGCGUACUCAAGUCGCUGUCCUUCCUGUUCGAGUACAUUGGCGAGAUGGGCAAGGACUACAUCUACGCCGUCACGCCGCUGCUUGAGGAUGCGCUUAUGGAUAGAGAUCUGGUCCAUAGGCAAACUGCCAGCGCGGUGGUCCAGCACAUGUCCUUGGGCGUUUACGGUUUUGGGUGUGAGGACUCCCUCAACCAUUUGCUAAACUACGUGUGGCCCAACGUUUUUGAGACGUCGCCUCACGUCAUUCAGGCUGUCAUGGGCGCCCUGGAAGGCUUGCGGGUCGCCAUCGGGCCGUGCCGCAUGCUGCAGUACUGCUUACAGGGUCUUUUCCACCCGGCGCGGAAAGUGCGCGACGUCUACUGGAAGAUUUACAACUCCAUCUACAUCGGUUCCCAAGAUGCCCUCAUUGCUCACUACCCUCAAGUGUACAACGAUGAGAAAAAUAUGUAUCUCCGCUACGAGCUGGACUACGUCUUGUAAAUAACCCCCUUGUUCCUCUGCUUUUCCGAAUUGGUUUGGUUUUGCUGCCCCAAGUUUAUCAGCCCUUCUGUUGUCUUUGAGGCUUGCACAGAAAGUUCAAACUGAGCAUAAAGAGUAAGUGAAAUACGUUAGUUGUCUGUAUUUCCUCCCUGCCCUUCAAGCCAUAUUGUUUCCCCAUCAGUGAUCAAAAUAGGUAAAAGCAGUUGGAAUUGUUUUAAAUUUUUGAAUAUUUCAUAUGUAUCAAUAGACAGUUUGAUUGGCUGUUCCCUCUCUGUACCUUUUUCCAUUUCACGUCUCUGUUCUUAGGAUUAGAUUGUUGUUUUUAUUUAACCAAAUAAAAGGUUUCCGUACACUUGUUUGCA